AUGGCUGAAAUGUUCUGGGAGGAGACCUUAGAGGCGGUAGAUGCUGAAGCAGCAGCCACUGAGGACGGAAACGAUUCCGCAACACCACAUCAUGCUCAAGGAAUGCCGCCGCCAACAACCACACAACAACAACCUCCAACCAACAAUGCAACAACCAAGAAACAAGUUAAAAGGAGAAGUGUUAAGCGACCCCUCCCACUGCAAAAAACGCAGCAAACACCUCCCCCAUCUGCCAACAAACCAUCUACCACCCCAUCCACACACAACUUUGAAACUACACUGCAUCCACUGCAAGGUGCUAGUGCAGGGACAUCGACACGGUUCGUGCAAUUCAUGCCAACACCGGGAGUGACUACGGGUGCUACAGGCCGAGGCACAGCUGCUAGGGGUGGACUUCAUAGCAGGGGACGAGGAAGGAAAGUCGCAUUCAGUGGAUCAAAAACAGGUGUCUCAAGUGGGAGCAGUAACUCAACUUCGAUUUGA